AUGCCAACCACUGGCAGUUUCCUCUUUCUCUACCCACAGGUCUUGUACUUGAGGGUUUCCUGGCCUGACAGCGCCAACCCUCAGUCCCUAAGGCCCCACCCCAAGCACCAGUCCUCUGGCUCUCUCCCUCAGAAGUUUGCCAAUCUGACCCGGCUUCUGUUCUGGCCUCUGGCCCCAGGGAGUGAGAGGAAUCUUUUGGCCUCCACCAGUCCCAAGACUUCCACCUACCACCUAAGGAGUCCUGCUCAGGCCACCUAUGCCCGGGGAAGCUCCCUGGAGGCCAUCCUUGUGGCCAGGGACCACCGGGGCAAGCCCAAGAGCCACGGUGGGGAUCUGUUUCGGGCACAGCUGCUCGGUCCCCACCUGAGGGCAGGAGUCCCUGGGGACAUCCAGGAUCUGGAGAAUGGUACAUAUUUGUUGUCCUUCCCGCUACUCUGGGCUGGGAGGGCGCUGGUGCAAGUGCGACUAAUCCAUUCCAGUGAGGCAGCUGGGGUUCUGCGGAGAAUCUGGAGAGACCACUGGGCCACAGUCGAUUUCGUGGGCUAUUUCCGGGGACCCACAGGAUAUGAAGAAAAUGUGACUUGCAAUGUAAACCCCCUACAGACUGGGGAAGAAGAGCCUACCUGUUACUACAAGGAUGAAGAUUCAGGCGAGCUCUGGUUCUGUGCUCAGCCCCCCACCCUGCCCUGCCAUUCGCUGGUAGGACAUUCAGCUGGACGUUACUGGAACGUGACCGCAUCACACGAAGAGGCCCUGAUGGGGAGGAAUGUGACAGACAAGGUCCUCCCUUGGGGUAUUUCUCCAAUCUGGGUGGCCAAGAAGAAUAACAGAAGUUUGGUUCUAUCUCCCAAACAGCCAUGCUACCCUGGGAUCCCAGCCCCAAAGCCUUCUGGCUUCUAUCACCAACACAUGUGGCACUCGCUAACCUACUCUGGUCGCUCCUUCUCCACUGUCGACAGCAUCCUGGGCUGCCUGGCUGGCCACGUCAUCCAUAUGAUGGCAGACUCCACACUUCGACAGUGGUGGGAGUAUCUCCGGGACACUGUGCCCUCCCUGAAGCUGGUGGAUCUACAUGUCACAUAUCAGACGGGGCCCCUGAUGGCUGUGGACACCACCCACAUAGUGCUGCACUGGAGGGCCCAUGGCUGGCCCCUGCGCUCCCUCCGCACACCAGUGGCCUCUCUGCACUCUGUGGCCCGGGAGCUGGAGGGCCUGGCCGGGGGUCCCCACACUGUGGUGGUGCUGGGUCUGGGAGCCCACUUCACCACUUUCCCCCCAUCCAUCUUUGUGCGACGGCUGGGAGGGAUGCGGGCGGCUGUGACCGCCCUGCUGACCCGGGAGCCCCACACCCUCGUGGUCAUCAAACUGGCCAACACUGGCUACAAGUCUGUGUAUGGCAGCGACUGGCUCACCCUGCAGGUGAACCGGCUCCUCAGAGCUGCCUUUGCUGACCUCCGUGUGGCCUUUGUGGAUGCCUGGGAAAUGACCUCCAGCCUGGCCCUAACAGACAGCAUCCACCCAAAGCUGCUCAUUGUCCGCAAUAAGAUGGACUUACUCCUCUCCUUCAUCUGUCCCACCCAAAUGCUUGAGGGUCCCAGGACACAAUUGUGAAGAAAACCCCAGCGUAACAGGACUUCUGGGAUAAGGACAGGUACCAUCAAUUUCUCUCACCUGUAAGACGGAAAUAACUGCCUAACCUGCCCAGCUAAUUCUGUUCUUGCCCCAGUCCAACCCCUUUUCCACUCAGAACAAAAGCGAUUGAUGUAUGACAAAUGAGGAGCCAGCAGAUGGCAUAGUAGUUAUGUUGCUGGACUCCCACAUGGUCAACCACGGUUCAAGUCCCAGACCUGGUGGCUUGAAACUCACGCUGGGCAUGCAUGUGUGCAUGCCCAGAAGGAGAACAGAGGAUGGCAGCACCAACCCCUCUACCCCGGAUAACUUCUAACUUUUGCUUUCUCUGGCUCUCUCCCUCUCUCCAGCAUGCACAAGCGCUCUAUGGCAAAAAAAAAAAAAAAAAAAAAAAAGAUUAUCUGCCAGAUUGUCAGGGAAACCUGCUCCACCUAAACCUGAACCUAAACCAAGAAAAACAUCUGCUAACAAAGAACCUGGAACAAAGUAACAGAGGUGCUAAAGGGAUGAAGGGGAGAAAACAGGGUUUUGAUGAAA